UUCUGUCAGCAGGUGAAACACGAUCGUUCUUGACGAGUUUCAUUCAAGAUCUGAAUAUUUUCUUUAUCUUGUAUCGUUUCAAAAUCAAUUAACGGAUCAAACUUCCACUCUAUCCAAUACGUCUUUGAAGCAAACGAACAGGAAAAUCGAACAAAGGAAAAUCGAACAAAGCAAAACAGAUUUUUCAGCUUUCAAGAUGGCGACCAAACAAGUUGGUUCAAGCGGUGAAGAAAUCUUCCUAAAUCACCGAAAAACAUCGCGAACUAAACACAAUCCAGAUCAAGAUAUUUCCAGUGAAAACCCUAGGAAUCAGGGAUCGUUUAUCGAUACACUUCAUCGUCUAGACAUUGAAUUAUCGAGGAGAUUAAGUUUCUGUGCAGCAAAGGACUCUGGUUGGAGACCAGUUUUGAUAGCACUUGAGAUAUCUGGUCACGGCGUUCCCUGGAUUAUUGCAACUUUACUUGCUAUCUACUUCUUUAGAAACGAAAAACAACAAUUUGCAUUAAAUUUUCUACUAGCUUUGCUGUUGGAUUUAGUCAUCGUUGGUCUAACGAAGGUGAUUUUCCAACGCCAAAGACCGGUCUACAAUGAGAAGGACAUGUUUGCUACAGUAUCUGUGGAUAAUUUUUCAUUUCCUUCAGGUCACUCGACAAGAGCUGCAAUGGUAGCUGCUUUAUUCAAUCUUAUAAUUUCCAGUUCAUGUUUAAGGCUUGUGAUCAACUUGUGGGCUUGUUCUGUUGCUAUAUCUAGAGUGGUACUUGGGAGACAUCAUGUAUUUGAUGUUGUCUUUGGUGCUAUAAUUGGACUGGGACAGUACUGGCUGAUGGUUAACAUCUGGCUAUCAAUGGAAUUUUCUCAUAGAUUUUUAAUGCUGGUACCUUAUGUAGACUUGAAAUAAUUUGCAUUAAAAUGGCAGUACAAUGGGUAGACAUAACAAACAAUAAAUAUUUUUCAGUCUUUAUUGACAGUCAAGGGGGUGGGAGUACUCUAAGGUAAAAGUAUCGGUCUGCUUGUGUUGUAUCUCCUUCAGUUACAAAUCAAGGAUUUCAUAUAUUUUAGGGUAUUACAAUAGAAAUUUAGGUUUGGCUUCUCUUGUUUGUUUUUUUUUUGUUUUGUUUUUGUUUUGGUAUUUCUUAGGGUUUAGAAACCUUCUAAUCACACACUGCGAUAUAAUAAUAUUAUUUAUCAAAAAUCAAAACGUUUCCUCUACGUGUAAUCAUAAAUUUUUAAUAUCCAAGCUUUCAGGCCACUUGGUCCAUCGUUGGGGAUUGAACAAAAUUGCAAACCUAAGUCAGCGUCAUGUGAAGAAAAACAAUAAGUGACACUUAAUUGCACACUCGUUGCUAAUUGCUAUGUGCAUGAAUAUAACAUAAUGGAGCAUAUUCUAUGUCUUCAUAAGAGGAAGAUAAAUGCAAUUUAUCUUCUGCAAAUAAUGCAAUAAUUUUCCUUUCAGAGUCUCUGUUAAUUAACUCUUGUUUGUUGUUGGUAAUAAACCAAACCUCUGACUACC